AUGGGAAGUUCACCAUGCUUUGAAAAUGUAGGGUUGAAGAAAGGGCCAUGGACACCUGAUGAAGACCAGAAGCUGGUUGCUUACGUUCAGCAGUACGGCCAUGGAAGCUGGCUUGCUUUGCCUUCAAAAGCUGGGCUGAAUAGAUGUGGGAAGAGCUGCAGAAUGAGAUGGACUAACUAUUUGAGACCUGACAUUAAAAGAGGAAAGUUUAGUCCGCAAGAAGAACAAACCAUCAUUCAGCUCCAUGCUCUUCUUGGCAAUAGAUGGUCUGCUAUUGCAGCAAACCUGCCAAAGAGAACAGAUAAUGAGAUAAAGAAUUAUUGGAAUUCACAUUUGAAGAAGAGACUAAGUGAGAUGGGAAUUGAUCCUAUCACACACAAGCCAAAGAGCAAUGCCUUCGGCUCCAAGGAAGCCGCCAACCUGCGCCACAUGGCUCAGUGGGAGACGGCUCGGCUCGAAGCCGAAGCUCGCCUCGUUCGCCACAACUCCACCAUGUUCGGUUCCUCUCUCAGCUCACCGUCGCCACCUCAUCACGUCUCCCUCCUCCACAAGGCGCCGAGAAACCCUCCGCCGCCGCCCACAGUCCCGCCGCCUCUCAACGUGCUAAAAGCUUGGCAAGCGGCGUGGACGACUGAGCCGCCGAUGACGGCGCCAAACCCUAGGAUUUCACUUUCACCACCCAAUGUAGACGACGGAGACAUGUUUGUCUCCGCCGCCGCUCUUGACCAAUCUCCGACAACCUUAAACUUUUCCGACCAAAACCUAGUAGCGUUCCCCGCCGUUGGAUUCGGCGAUGAUGUGCUGUGUUACUUGGAAGGCAGUACUUCUAAUAUGAAUACCUUAAGAAACCCUAACACGACCGGCGACGGCAUAAUCGGCCCGGCAAUGGAUCCCUUAUCGGGGUUUCCAACCUUCAUUGUACCGGAAAACCUCACCGCCCAUUGCUCCACUGGAUACUUGGACAGCGUCAUCGGAAAUUGUGGCGCCGGUUGGUAA